AAAAUCAAACAUUAUUAUUUGAUCAAGCCUAUUUGGAUAAUAGUGAUAAUGAUAAUGAAAAUCAAUUUUUAAGAGACCAAUAUGAAAAUUUUAAUUAUGACAUAUUAUUGGAUAAAAUGUCUCAAGAUGACUAUAAAAUAUCUGAAGAUUUAUUUCAAGUUGAUACAAUUAGUGAAAACUUAACUCAAGAAGGUUCUCAUUUAUUAUCAGAAAGAUCACCUCAAGAAAGUUUCAAUAUAUUAUCAGAAGGAUCAUCUCAAGAAAGUUCUAAUGCAUUAUCAGAAGAAUCAUCUUAG